AUUUAAUUUGGUGGGUAGUACCAGCUUCAUCAAUUUCCCCAAAUCACCGAUCCACGUUCCGACCUAGGGCUUCUCAGCUUUUCUUCUCCAAUCAUCAUCUCUGGCCGACGCAACCCUUUAGGCCGGCGCUUGGCUUCUCCAGCGAGAGCUUCUCGGCCGACGCUUCUCUUUUCCAGCCCACACAAACUACUCUCUUCAAUUCCAAGGUCUAUCGCACCGGCCAUGGCGAUGCAAGCUGGCAUGGGAUUCUCUAAGAUAGUCAUCUUAUUGGGAGCAGGAUACACCACCACCUUGCUUGUGAAGAACGGAAAAUUAUCUGAUGUUUUGGCCGAACUUCAGAAUUUGGUGAAAAAUCAUGAAAGUUCUGGAGAAGGUACAGAAACGGAAGCAGCUCUUGCCGCGCAGGUUCGUCGUUUAGCUAUGGAAGUGCGAUCAUUGACCUCGUCAAGACCAAUAACUGUUCUCAAUGGGGGUUCUAGUGGUAACCUGACAAAUCUUGUGGCUCCAGCUGCUGCUUUAGGGGUCCUAGGGUAUGGCUACAUGUGGCUGAAGGGAAUCUCAUUCUCUGACCUUAUGUAUGUAACAAAGAGCAGUAUGGCAAAUGCUGUUUCCAACUUAACCAAACAUCUGCAGCAUGUUUCUGAUGCCUUAGCAGCAACAAAGAAGCAUUUGACCCAGAGAAUUCAGAAUGUAGAUGGGAAGCUGGAUGACCAAAUUGAGAUAUCAAAACAUAUUAGAGCAGAGGUUAGCGAUGUACGCGGUGAUCUGUCUAAAAUUGAUAAUGAUGUGGAUGCAAUACAGAUGAUGUUGUCUGGCCUGGAUGGAAGACUUCUUUCCUUGGAAGAAAAGCAGGAGAUUGCAAAUGCAGGCGUUAUGUAUCUUUGUGGUAAUCUUCAUUUCAUGGAAAAGCUGAACCGAGGUGGUGGUGAUUCAGUGGGUGCCAUCAUGGGCCUCAGAGACAUUAUGGGUGUGUUGGAGUCAAGCGAGACAGGUCUACGCAUUACAGAUGGCAGCGCAGUAGGUGGUUCUCCCAUGUCUACUGAUCCCCCUAGAAACUUGAUCAGGAGGGCAUCAAUGAAGUGCUGAUAAAAAGUGAUUUGAUAUAAAGAAACUUGCAUGAUUCGUUGCUCACAGGAGUGUGGGAGAGUUGUUCGACUUCACAAGUCUCUUUAUGGUAUAUUGGUAUGAAACAAAGCCCACAUGCAUGAUGUGGGAUACUGGGAUGUUCAGACAAUCAAUUGAUUCAUUUGAGUCAUUUGUAAUGAUAAAAUGUCAAUCAAAUUGUUCUAACUUUUAUAGACAGAGGUAGACACUGUGUUACUCGAUUGUGGUGUGUCGAUGUUAUUUUGAUCACAUGGAAUGAUAAUGUGGGUUUUUUGCCCUUAAAGAUUAUUUUGGAGCCAAUUUCGAGAUGAAAGAUCUUUGCUCAUUAAAAUA